UUCUGAUGUGUCUUCCAAAAGUGUCACCAGUGCCAGGUAUGACGCCCAUGUCCGACCUGUCAAUGCAGCUACACCAACCUGUUACCGUCGAUUACGGAACCUCUAGUAUCCAUUAUCAGUCUUACAACGUCGAUAAUGGAUACUCGAGGCCGACAUUGAGGAAUCAUCAUUUUCAAAGUAGCCAACCGAGCUACUGGUACCCUGGAACCUCGAAUCACAGCUAUAUUACAGAGGCUUUAACGCCGCCGGUGUAUACGGUCGCGAGUGGUUCCACUUCAUGGACGGCACAGAGCCAUUUUACGGAAGCUCAGCUCGCAAAUGUACAAGUUCAACAUUACGCUCUACCGCCAAGUCCACCGGACGUUCCGCUAAGCCCUCAUGAUCAUUGCUCGACCUAUCAGUGGCCACUCACUUCGCCGGAUCAUCACUUCCUGACAGCGGAAGAUCCAGCAAGGUCUGGCAGGAAGUGUAUUAGAUGCCGUUGUCCGAAUUGUCAGACGGACAGUGGAGCUCAUUCGGGAGUGGACGGCAAGAGGCAGCAUGUUUGCCACGUACCAGGAUGCGGCAAAGUGUACGGCAAAACUUCUCACUUGAAGGCACAUUUGAGAUGGCAUAGUGGCGAACGACCUUUCAUCUGCAACUGGAUGCUCUGCGGCAAGAAGUUCACCAGGAGUGACGAAUUGCAGCGUCACCUGCGAACGCACACCGGGGAGAAGAGAUUCGCGUGUUCCACGUGCGACAAGAGGUUCAUGAGGAGCGAUCAUCUGACGAAACACAUGAAAACCCACGAGAAGCAAAAAAGGAAGAAGGAGUCAAAUAAAGAGAACUUACCAAAGGCGCAAACACACAGCUCGUAUCAUUCCGCUGUCGGAUCGUACAUCAUGAGUUAAGAUCUCUGCAUUUGAAAAGCUGCUGGACGUUUCUAUAGAUGGUAUAGUGCAAAAGUAUAAGAAACAAGCCUGUUUAAAAAAUGAUGUAGGAACCAAAUUGGCUUAAUUCUGUGUAUUAUAUCCGUCCUGUAAAUAAUUCUGUUUGGAAAGUUUUUUAUAAUU